AAUACGUCAGAAAAAGCAUGCGAAGCACGUGAUCUAAAAUGGCACUAUUCGUUUUCUUCUCUGACUGUGAGUCUGUGACUCAGAGCUCAACCACUAAUCAACGGCUAUGGCGUCCGCCAUUUCUCUCUGCUUCGUUAUUCUCUUUACUUUUCAUUCUUCUUUACUCGUGCUUAUCGUCGCCGGAACGUACGAUUCUCAGGAGUUCGUCGUCGAGUUGGACCAUUCUAACUUCACCGACUUCGUAAGCAAGCUCGAUUUCCUUAUCGUCUCCUUGUACUCUCCAGGAUGUGGACGUUGUAAGAAGUUGGCACCGGAGUAUGAAAAAGCUGCUAAUAUCCUAAGUAAGCAUAAUCCUCCUCUGGUUCUAGCAAAAGUUGACAUUUCAAAACAAGCAAAUGAGGGACUUGCUGGAUCCGAUGGAAGAAUUUCUAUUAAGAUUGUUAGAGAGGGAGGUAAGAAUGUUCAAGAAUACAAGGGUCCUUAUGAUGCAGAGGGUAUUGUUAAAUAUGUGAAGAGACAGUAUGGGCCUGCCUCUACUGAAAUAAAUACUCUGAAGGAUGCCCAAAUAUUCUUAUCUGACAAUAAGAUUGCUAUUGUUGGCAUAUUCCCUCAUUUUUCUGGGGAGGAGUUUGAAAACUAUACUAUCCUAGCCAAGAAAUUACGUCCUACCGAGGAAUUUUUUCAUACUUCAGAUGCUAAACUUCUUCCUUGGGGUGAAUCAUCUGUACCCAGUCCCUUAAUGAAGGUAUUCAAGCCCUUUGAUGAGCUCUUUGUUGAUACUCAGGAUUUUGACGUCAAUGCUCUCGAGAAAUUUGUUGAAGAAUCAAUUGUACCUACAGUAACUAUUAUGGAUGGAGACCAGAGAAAUCAACGUCUAGUUGACAAUUUCAUGUAUAAUUCAAAUUCAAAGGUCAUGUUGUUUAUAAAUUUUAGCAGUGAGGUUGCUGCUUCCUUUAAGUACAAGUAUCAUGAACUUGCUGAGCUGUACAAAGGAAAUAACCUCAGUUUUCUGAUGGCAGAUAUUGGUGUUAGUUCUCAUGCGACUAAGCAAUAUGGAAUUAAGGAUGAUCAAAUACCCUUCGUUAUCCUACUAAGUGAUGGAACAAAGUAUCUGAAAUCCAAUGUGGAGCCUGAUGAACUUUCUCCCUGGUUGAAAAAAUAUAAGGAUGGAGAAUUGGAACCCUACAUAAAAUCUGAACCUAUACCAGAGCAUAAUGACGAACCUGUGAAAGUGGUGGUAGCGCACACAUUUCAGGACAUAGUUUUCAACUCAAGGAAGAAUGUUCUGCUUGAGUUUUAUGCUCCUUCACAUAAAGUCUGCAAAGAACAGGCUUCAGUCUUUGAGGAUCUUGCCAUCUCAUAUCGAAGAGAUCCUGAUGUCAUAAUUGCUAAAUUUGAUAUCUUUGCAAAUGACAUACUACAUGACUUUGAGAUCUGGAAACUCCCCACUGUUUACUUCAAAUCGGCCGAUGGGAACAUAUCACAAUACACCGGGUAUGCAACAAAGGAAGACUUCAGAGAUUUCAUCGAAAAGAAUAGGUCUAAGCCUGCUGAUAAACAUUUGGAUGUGAAGGACGAGCUCUAAAAGGCCGUAAGCUUUGUGUUCUUAUAAAUUCUCUGCAGAGUAUUUCUAUUUAUCUUUUGAUGUCACAAUAGUUGUUCACAGAUCUCUUUGCUUUUGCUUUGCUGACGAAGUUAGGAAUAGACAAGCACUUGAAGCAAGAAACUUUUAUGAAGAAAAUACAGAGAUGGAGACUUCUGAGAGAUAGAGAACAGAAAUACUCUUUUCCUCUCGAAAACUGGAAUACAACCCGAAAUCAACGAAUCAAGAACUGAUUCCCGAAGAGUUGUAGGCAGAAUUCCAAUUCCAGAAAAAGUUUAAUCACCAGCUGUGUGGGCGAUCACAGUUUCCAAUAUUGCAAUCUACAUGUCGACAGAGCCUCCCAUCUCCGGCCGUAGUGCAAUGGUCUAUUAACAGUGAACGUAUGUUUUCCGAAGAGUUGGGUCAAUGUGGGAUGAGGUAUUGCGACGUCAUUUAGGCGCCAAGGUUGUGGUUUGACGGGUUUAUAUAAUUGGUUAAGUUCCAAAAAGUUGGUCCCCCGCGAAUGAUUGUUAUCUUGAUAAUUGUUACCGUUGUCCUUUCUUCUAAAAUCCCAAGUGAUUUUGCCCCAAAGGAAGACGUGGCGUGAGUUUAUGGCGAGAGCCAUUGAAUGAGUUCUAGGCCAAAUGAAUUCUUAGGGGGGUGUUUGGGGAUGAAAAGGAAUAAGGGAGAAAAGUAUAAGGAAUUGGGAUUAUGAAAGGGAAAGAUUAUUUUAUUCCUUGUUUGAGAGAAGGAUUAUGUGGCAAGGAUUACGACCUAACUUUUUUUUUGUUUUUUUAAUUCGAUAAGAAUUGAAUUUUUUCAUUUUCGUUUAUUUUUUAAUUUGUAUAAAUGAAUUUUUUUGUUAAACAACUAUGGUUUCUUUUUAUUUAUGACAUUUCUAUCGUAAAUUAUGUUCCAUUACCUAUUUAGAAAACAAUGACAUUUUUGAA